AUGCACGGAAUAUAUCCUCUUCGGCCUGGCAGCACUGGCCGAUGCUUCGAAAAAGCGCGCUGGACCGGCAUCGGCUUACUCGUCCAAUUCCGCAGGCAACUACAAGUUGUCUUAAUCAGCCCCCCUGUUCAAAGAGGUGGCAGCUCAGUCUCCGAGUCAACAUGGAAAAUCAGUAUCGACGACACAAAUUGCGGUCAUAAGCAGACUAUUGUUGGUUUCGGAGCUGCGGUGACCGAUGCCACAGUUACCUCCUUCAACACAUUGUCUAUUGCAGAACUGGGCCUCCGGUGUAACUGCCUGGCCUCUCGGCACAGACUCCUCGAUGGUCCGCACCUGUCAAGUGGUGGCUGCGGCACCUGUACGGGUCUGGUCACUAUUAACGGCGAUAGCUAUACGUUCCAGACGGCAUAUUACAUGAUUGCGCAAUUCAGCAAGUUCAUGCCACCGGGCGCGAUUGUGCUUAGCGGCACUGGUAGUUAUACGUAUUCGAAUGGCGGCGGUAUACAGUCAAUUGCCUCUCUGAACCCAGAUGGCACUCGCUCAGUCGUCAUCGAAAAUACUUUUGGUAACGAUAUUUAUCUUUCCCUAUCGACAAACAGUGGAGAGGAGUGGAGUGGAACAUUCCUGCCGAGUCGGUUACUACAUGCGUGCUUCCCGCAAGCCAGUGAGUCGUGUAUUGUCGAUCUCAAUAACCAUUUCAUUGGGGAAUUAUCGAUCAAUUAUCAAGAAUUGAUAGGCAUUGAGAGACAUGGGUAUUCGAGAUUCAACUGA